CGCCAGAGCACACAAUGGUGCAUUGGUCAGGCGAGAUGAAGCACAUCAUAGUUGUGAUCAUUGCCGUGCUGAGUGUCCUGCACAGGGAUGUACUCUGCUCAAAAAACACCGGCUGUCCUCGGCGCUAUCUGAGACGCAUCAACGGAAAGUGUUAUUACUUUUCAGUUAAAAAGCUGAACUGGUUUGGUGCUCUAAACAAUUGCCUACGCAAGGGCCUCACACUGGCCGACCUGAGCAAUCCACGAGAUUUCAACGGUGCUGUUGAAUUUCUAAGCUCCAAAGGCAACACGGAGGACUUUUGGUUUGGUGCCAACGAUCUGCAAACCGAGGGCCGUUUUCAAUAUAUCAGCAAUGGUCGCUUAGUGCGUUACUUCAGCAAUUACAGCCUCGUGGGGGAGUCGGAGCACUCGAAGUGCGAUGAUUGUCUGGAGGUGCGCAUACGCAACAACAUGACAGUGGUGGCCGCCGACAAUUGUCUAGAGAGGCAGUAUUUCAUUUGCUCUGAACGGUACUGCGACUUCGCCGAAGGCACUAAGAAGCGCCAUCACAGUCACGAACACUUACAUCACUUCCAUCACGAUAUUGGCGAGCCCAGCAACGAGGCUGAGGCAGCGGUUGACGUGGAUGGACAGCAACCGGACUUACAAGAGUUGGUAACGGAAAAGCCGGACGGCUCAGAGGAGGGAGUUGAUCCACCAGUGGGAGGUCCGACGAGUGAACCACAACCGGAGUCAAACGAAAAGCCAAGUAAUGGGACAACUAUAGCCGAGCAUAAUAAUGUAGCGACUACAGUUCAUGUGGGAUCUGGAAAGCCACCUGAAGUCACAACUGUGGAUCCGAACAAGCCACCUGAAGUCACAACUGUGGAUCCGAACAAGCCACCUGGAGUCACAGAUGUGGACCCCACCAAGCCACCUGUAGUCACAACUGUGGUUCCGAACAACCCAACUGAAGUCACAACUGUGCAUCCCUAAAAUCCAAGUGCAGAAGAGCAUACGAACGGGCCAGAUACCUAACUGUUGGAGGAUGCCACGGAAUAAUGGAUGUUUCACAAAUGGAAACAAAUUUUAUGCAUUAAUAAACCAAAUAAAUUCAAGAAGAAAAUGCUAUUGAGGGCACUCGGUCAAAGAUA